GACCCCAGCCUCACCUUCCAGGGCCUGAAGAACUACAAGCUCAUCUUCUGGAGCCUGCGCUUCCACGGGCGCCUCUUCCUCAAGGCAGCCCACGUGCAGGUGCUGCGCAUCUGGCAGCCAGAGGACCGAGUGAUCAAGCUGCGGUGGCAGAUCAACGCGACGCCGCGGGUGGGCUCCCCAGGCACCUUUGAUGGCAUCAGUGUGUACCGCCUGGACCGCCGCGGCCGCGUGCGCCAGCACGAGAUCACGGACGUGCAGAUGAGGGACCCGCCCAUCACCAACCCCCUGCUCUACGGCCUCAACUUCCUGCUCUCGCCCCGUCCCCAGAUCCAGCAAGUCCCCUGCCCAGGCAAGUGUUCCUAUUUCGUGGACGGCGAGGAGGAUGUGCUGCCCGACAUACUGCUCACUGCUCCCGUCCUGCUGACGGGCAGCAGUCAAGAUUGA